GCGCGACACUCCGAAACAGCAAGGGUACGUGCACGACUCGCGUAGUCAGUCUCGCGCCGAGCGUCUUAUAGUGCGCAUUGUCGAAGUUUAAUAUUGUCCGCGCUUCGAACCAGUGAAUUUGAAAACUUCCGCCAACUACGAUACUAACGUGUGCACAUGACAGACGACCAGUGACGGUUCUUACGUGGAGCUGACGAAAGUCAACAGAUCGUUAAUUCGUUUGCAUCCAACAAGCACAGACGUUUCGAAGAUCGGGAGCGGAAGAACAUUAGGAGGAGAGACAACGUAAAUGGCGAGAGAACGCGUCGCCAUGGGUACCGUGUGUUGUGGCUCGCGGGUGUAGUGCGAACCCCGUAAUCGAAGGGAAGAGACAAAACUGAGGGACAGAGAUCACGUGAUAGAGGAAGAAAGGGGAAAGAGUGAAAGGCACGGGAGAAAAAGAAGGAAGAUAUAGAACGCGUGGACAAGCGUGACCGGCCAAGACUUGGAAAGGCUACUCUCUCGUGGCCGUCACGUCGAGGAGAGGGCAGCGAGAGCCGGGCAGAGAAAGAGGGAGAAUAAUGCGGACUCGUUGCUUCCGCCUUCAUCAGCAGCACGUUCAGAUCUGCUCGUAAUUCCGCGAGGAGGUCUAACGAACGGUGGAGAUGACUGGAAGAAGAAGAGUGCCACUCGUGUUAAGAGUAUGCACAGGUGUUCUGCUGCUACUCUUCAGCACGGUCGCCGUGGACGCGACGAAAGACCCACCGUCGAGUUCGGAGAAGCUGCUCACCCCCGACGUAUCGGAAACAUCGAUAUUCGAACAGAACAAGACGAUCUUAAAUAAAAUACCAUCGAGGGACGAGUCAGAGUUUCUCUUAGCGGAGACGAAAAACGAAGCCGUCGGUCCGUACAACUCGACUAAAAGAGGUUUCGAAACGGUAGACGAUAAGCUCGUAAAAGAUGCCAAAACGGUGGACAAGGAGAAAGUGGCAAUGCCGAUCGACGAGGAUACCGAGUUGCAAGGAAUCAGGUCGCGCGAUCAAGUCGACAAAUUAUCGACCGUAGAUUCAGCCAACGGCGGAUCCAAGCUCGAGGAAAUCGUCUAUGGAACUUCUGGGAAGAGUUCUAGCACGAAAACGAUAUCCGAGCACGCUUACAGGCUAUCCAGAACCAACGGUUUGACCACGGUGACCGCGAAACCAGCGCUAGAGGAAUCAAAAGUCGACGAGACGAAGAACAAAACCGGGCUCGUUGAACGCUCCAACGAUACCUCGAGGCAGGAACCAAGAGAAACUAAGAAAUCCUCGGAAGAUGGCUUGGAGCUGAAAGAGGAACGCGUGACAGACACGAAGGAAGAAGCGGCGAGUUCCUCGAAAGAGGCGAGCACGGAUUCCGGGCUAAAAUCAGAAACGUUUAACCCUGAGAACGAGUCAGCUCCGGAAAAAGUUCGUUUCCUCGAAGAGAUUCAGCAGAGGAAGAAAAAGGCGGAGGGUCCGGUGAAGAACUCGGAAGUUCCGGACUUGAAGGAGGCCGACGAGAGAAAAGAGGAGGACGUGUCCGUCUCGUUGAUCAAUGACACGUACGUCAACUACAGCCACCGUUCGAAAAUCUCGACGGAGAAGAGCGUGGAGACCGACUCGGUUGACAAAUGGACGCCUCUCGAAAACGCGACAAAUUUUAUCACCGAGGAGAUUCCGGUGACUCACGAGUCGCGGCAUCCGAAGGAGGAAGUGGAGGUCGUCGGGAACGUGACUCAGCCCGUGAUCCAGCGGUUUAUCGAUCGACAAUCCCAAAACUCGACGUCAAAGGACGCCGGCCUUGCCGACGAAUUAAAUCGAACGUCGAAUCGGCACGAGGACUUUUUGCGCGAUUCUGCGAACGCUAACGAGACCAGUCGCGAGAAACAGCAGGAAAUAGAGGGAAAAAAUCAGGAGAAAUUGGCGCGGCUUACCACCGAAAGGACGAACGAAGAAUCUUCCAGGGUUCAAGGAAUUUCCAGUCCGGUUCCCAGAGGAAGAACUAUAGCGUUCGAAUCUGCAAGCUCGAAGAGAACGAUCGUCGCGAAGAAGAACAUCACUGACAGGUUCGCGGACCAGAAACCCUAUCCUUACACGAAAUCGCCUAAAGAGUCGCUUCGUAACGCCAGUAACCAGCCGGACGUCACCACGGAAGAAGCUUCUGCUUUGGAGAACACGAUCGGCAAGGGACAGUCGGAAGAAAAGUUCGUCGUAACCGAAGGUUCGGACGUGUUGGAGAAUAGCAUCCAGCAGUUUAAGCCGAACUAUUACGAGAAAGUAAGCAACGAAUCAUCGACCAUCUCGAGCACGGAGGUACGCCCGUCCGUUCAAGUAACGACCGUGCCUCUGGUUAGAUUAGAGGAAACUAGACCGACGAAUCAGACCGUGGUCGAGAAAUCAAGCGAACAGAAGGGCAUCGACGAGAGCGAAGAAAAAUCGACGAGCGCGGGAAAUGACGUUUCUCGGUGGGCUGAGAGCCGCGAGACCUCUGGGAUGGGGAACGUCGAUGUGACUGGAAACGGGAUAACGGAAGUCAGCGUGAAGCCCGAGAGUGGCGAUAAACGGACCUACGAAGCCUCCUUGCAGGAGAUUACGGUUCGGACAACGCCCACACCUUUAACAACGGAACCCGUUGAACCGCAAACGGACCUCGGAAUGCUCUCGAACGCGGACGUGCAGACGAACGUAGCUGGUUCUCUGCUGAUACGAUCCACGCUCAACGCCACCGAGCUCUCCACCGAGUAUCCACUGAUCAAAGGGAAUUUUUCUGACGAGAGGUUGCCGAUAUUCCCCACUUCACCCACGGACACGAGCACCGUCAAAGUAGCAACGGACAGUGUCACCGUCAUGCCCACGACCACCAUCGAGGAAACUUCCGUAGGGAACGUCACCGAACCACCCACUAGCGUCUCUGACGCUAACGGAACCAACGAAAUCCCUUCCGGUGUAAGUGGCACUCUCAGCCCCGAGGAAACUUUCGUUCCCACCACUACCAGCGUCGAGUUCGAGUUCGUUGGCCUGUCCGACUCCACCACUUUUCCCUGGCGGAACGUUACCGAGGAACCACCCAAGGGACGCGAUUUACCAAACGAAACUUCCGUCGUGCCCACGGUUAAGGAUUUACUCGCAAAAAAUACGCCCAACGAAAGCACCACGACAGCGAGCAACGAAUCGACCACGGAGAAUAUAUCGUCGAUCAGCGAGACCGAAAUUCCUGCAACGAGUAAUCCAAUGACGGAUCGGACGAUCGUUCCUACGUCGAUACCGAGCCAAACGAUACAGUCCAAGGACGAGUUUACGACUCGGCCGAGUUUCGUCGACGAGGAAACUGACAGCAGCUCGACCAGCCUGGACGAAGUUGAGAAAACGAUAGACGUGACGGAUUCUUGGAGCACCACGAGCGAAGAGAAUGUCGCGACGACCACGAUUAGAACGGAACAGACGAUUUCAAAGGAUUCCAAGGAUUCCUAUUUCAUGGCGAACGUUACCGAGUCCCCCUUGGAAUUCACGUCGAUACCGAACGUUUACACGACAGAUGCCACGCGAGUGGCUACUUCCAGCCCCUUUGUCCCGAUCGGUCUCGAGCCAAGAACCCCGGUUUCGAGUAGCACGAGCCCGGCAACCGCUUCCGACAUACCGUCGGUCACGGCGCACGACGCGACGGUGUUACCCGACCAGGAGGAGAUCACGUCGCUAGUUCGAAUCGACGUGGAAGGCACCUUGUCCGACGUGUGCCCACAAAUGGACAAUUUGAGGCACACCCUGGCGAACAUUUUGAACAAUUACAGGCCGGUAUCCGACAAACAAAUCAUUUUCCAUCAAAAUCCGUGUCAGGAGCCACCGAAUACUACGCCAUCGUCAUCCGACAAGCCCAUGAUGACAAUCUUGAUUUACGUCGUCGACGAAGCUGGCAAGUUCGACAGCACUAUGACGAAAAUGUUGCCCAGUUCGUACGAGAAUUCGCGGGACCACGUCAAGUUCCCGAUUACCAUACAGAGAUUUCUUCUGGUACAGGAAAAGGGUCCAGAUUCCGGAAACGCGAUAGCGGUCGUCGUGGUCUCCUCGGUUGCCUUGAUUUGCCUGGUUCUUCUCACCGGUCUUCUGUUUAUCAUGAGGAAGAGGCAAACGAGAUUUAACUAUGGCGAACGAUGUCGUCCCGUGUCUUUAGACGCUUACAGUCUUGACAGUGUUUCCGCUUACAACAGCGUCAGACGCAAAGGUGUGACGAGAUCUUCGAAAAGAAGCUAUGGGAAUCCAACUUUCGAGGAUUCGAGCGCCAUUCCGUCUCAUCCGUUGAACUUCGCGGCCCUUUCAUCCUUCUGUAACGACGUUAACGCGAUCAACGAGGAAUUCUCCGGUAUUCCACAAGUUUCAGCGAAGAUAGACGAAUUGCCUGCUGGGGCGGAAGUGAAGAACAGAUACGCGAAUGUGAUACCGCUUCCGGAGACCAGAGUGCUCCUACAAAAAAUCAACAACGAUCCUCUUACGGAGUACAUCAACGCCAGUUACGUUCGGGGACCGAAGAACGCAACGAAAUAUUACGUCGCUUGCCAAGCACCGAUGGAGUCGACCGUUACCGACUUCUGGAGAAUGAUCUGGGAGCAACAGUGCAAAGUGAUCAUCAUGCUGACCGAUCUCGUGGAGAACGGGGUGGAAAAGUGCACCGAGUACAUCCCACCCUCCGAAGUUACCGACUGUCGCCGGCUAUACGGUGACUUCCAAGUUACUCUGAAAAAGAGAGAAACCAAAGAGAAAUAUGCCAUUUCCACGCUUCAUUUAAACAAUUUGGAGAAGAACACGUUCCGAGAAGUGUAUCAUAUUUGGUAUCUGUGGCCGGUGAACGGUGUGCAGUCGGACGGUGCCGGGUUAAUAGCUGUGCUUCUCGAGGCGAGGGCACUCCAAAGAGGUGGCCCUGGACCCAUUGUGGUCCACUGUAGUCCUGGCACUGGACGUACGGGAACGUUAAUAGCUCUUGACCUAGGAAUUAGACAAUAUGAGAUUACGAGGACUGUGGACGUGCCAAGGGUCGUUUACACUAUCAGACGGGAUCGUGCUGGAGCUGUCAAGACGAAAGAACAAUACGCUUUCAUUUACAAGGCAUUAAAUUUGUACGCGACCAAACUUGCCGGCGGUGUGCUGGAAUCUACGUGAACCGCUCGAGAUUUCGAGGAAACGUCUGUUCAGGCGUCGAGUCUAAGUCGUAGCAGAGAACUGCUUUAUCCGUGAACGAUAAACAUCACCGAAGACGAGAAGAAACCGCGAGAUUGUACGACGUACGAUAUGCCAGUUUUACCUGGACAGGAAGCUAAUGAAAAUCGAACGAAGAAAGUUAACUUGUGAUACGUGGACCAUAGCGACGGUCGUAUUUCGCUCGAGACCUUUGUUUCGUCCUCUCGAUGUCCGACAAUCUCGCCAAGAAAAUUCAAAGCGUUUCUUACCAUCCGUUCGUCUACCUCUCUCGACCUACCUAUCGGUAUUUCUUACGAGAACGUUGCCAUCAAAUAUUAAGUUAUCAAACAGAUCUACGUCGAUUUGUAAUGAAAUUUUACAUGGUAAUUCGUCCACGUAUGAAAGCAGAAAUUUUUAAACUGUGCAAAGAAUAAUAGAACUUAAUUGCAAGUAGGAAAUUCUUAAUUCUUAUCGUCGUAUCGUGGACGAGCCGUAACAAUUUUAUUGGCUUACUUAAUUUAAGUCGAAAAAUUAAAUAACUUAAUGGAAACGAGACGCGAAGUAACGAGCGACGAUCCAACGCUACCAGUCGAGUAUUAUCAAAGUCGAUAUUUUAUUCUAAAUACGUCGUGACUGAGAAGAGGAGACAAAUUGGAUGGUAACGUGUUCAAGCGAAGAACGAAGAGGCGGAAAUUAAUUUGUGAUAUCCGGACCAUCCGUCAACGGUAUUCAACUUUGUAUUUCUUAGGCCUAUUCAAUUUCGUAAAGCUUUUUUUACCGUAGAUUUCGUCUCUGUUUGUCAAUAUUUUAAUAUACAUAUGUAUAUAUAUUACACGUAUUGCGUACAUAUAUUUAUAAAUAAGAUGACGGUUAGGUAUAGUCGAAUAUUUAACGUCGAUGCGUCAUACUCCGUAGUCAAUAGCGUUAUCCCGGAAUAUGGCAAUCACGGAAGGAUUA